AUGGAGAGAACCGACCGCAGGCGACGGAGCCUGCAGGACUUCAGGCGGAGAGAUUCUCUCAGAAUCCCGGCCGGAAGUAUGUGGCAGGACCCCCUGGCCAUCGAGCUGAGCAGCGCAAAUAAAGGAAUCGUCUCGCCGCGCACUCGGUCGAGAGCAUUGUCGGUGGUUUACGUCGUGGUCGAGGACGCGUCGCUGCCGCAGACCGAGGAGAACCUGUCGCUGAAGUGCCUGAAAGAAGCGUGCGCCGACGCGCGCGCUGUCUUCAAAACUAUUCCCUUCGAAAGAAUUGCGCUCGGGACUACGGAUAUUCUGGAUAGCUUUUAUAAUGCAGAUGUCGCCGUCGUGGAGAUGAGCGACUCCUUUUGUCAACCCUCGCUGUUCUACCACCUUGGCGUGAGAGAGAGUUUCAGCAUGACCAAUAACAUCAUUUUGUAUUGCAACAAGCAGGACAACGACCUGCAAGCGCUGAAGGAGCAGUGUGGGAGCUACACCUUCCUGCCGUACGUGGUGUCCCCGCAGGGGAAGGUGUUCGCCUGUGAUGCUGGGAUGGCCACCAGCAUUAAGGAGCUGAUGAGGCCCAGCUUCAAACUGGAGCCCCUGCUCACCCCACUGGUGGACCAGCUCGUCCGGCUGCUGGACAGCGUCCAAAUAAACUUCAGUGAGUAUUUCCGGGAGUCCGUCCGGCAGGAGAUCCGGACCGCGAGGGAGCGCUUCAGCGGGAAGGAGCUGAGCCGGGAGCUGGGCCGGAUCCAGAACCGGCUGGACACCGUGGAGCUGCUCAGCCCCGACAUCGUCAUGAACCUCCUGCUGUCCUACCGGGACGUCCAGGACUACGAUGCAGUUAUAAAGCUGGUGGAGACCCUGUCGAACCUCCCCACGUGUCUGGUGGCCACCCAGCAGAAUAUCAAAUUUCACUACAUUUUUGCACUGAACAGGAGGAAUCUGGCGGGCGACCGCGCCAAGGCGCUGUCCAUCAUCCUCCCCAUCGUGGAGUCGGCCGGGAGGGUGCCCUCCGACGUGUACUGCCUCUGCGGGCGCAUCUACAAGGACCAGUUCCUCAGCUCCGGGUUCUCCGACACCGAGAGCCGCGACCUCGCCUGCUACUGGUACGCCAAGGCGUUCGAGGGCGAGCCCACGCUGCACUCCGGCAUCAACAGCAUGGUGCUGCUCAUGGCGGCCGGACACGAGUACGACACGUCCUUCGAGCUGCGCAAGAUCGGGGUGACUCUGAGCAGCCUCCUGGGCCGGAAGGGGAACCUGGAGAAGAUGCAGGACUACUGGGACGUGGGAUUAUACCUGGGGGCGAGCAUUCUGGCCAGCGAGCACAAGAAGGUCAUCGAGGCGUCCGAGAAGCUGUACAAGCUCAAAGCGCCGCUCUGGUUUGUGGGGUCCAUCAUGGAGACGUACCUGAUUUACCGGCAGUUUUCCAAGCCGCCCGAGGUCCAGAGGCCGAAGCAGGAGAUGGUGGACUUCUGGAUGGAGCUCAUGCUGCAGACCUGCAAGCCCACGCUUUCCACCGCCCGCUGCCCGAAAGGACUGCACGAGUGGACCUUCCCCGCCGCUGCAAUUCGGGGAGUGAGCGUGUCAAAGUUCGACGGGAGGUGCUGCUUCCUGUACGUGCUGUACAACUCCGACGACUUCCAGCUCUACUUCCCCAGCGAGCUGCACUGCACCGGAUUUUGUGACCUGGUGAACUCCCUGGUCCAACAGAAGGAGGAUAUUGUGGAUGGCAACGGCCAUCUUUGUGAUGGGGAUAUGGAGUUCGUGUACGAGACCACUGAGAGCGGGGACAAGGUGGUGCUGGGAAAGGGGACGUACGGAGUGGUGUAUGCUGGGAGGGACCUCAGCAACCAAGUGCGCAUCGCCAUCAAGGAGAUCCCCGAGAAAGACUCCACGUACUCCCAGCCCCUCCACGAGGAGAUCGCUCUGCACAAGCGGCUGCAGCACCGGAACAUCGUCCAGUACCUGGGGUCCGUCAGCCAGGACGGCUUCAUCAAGAUCUUCAUGGAGGAGGUCCCCGGAGGUAGCCUGUCCUCUCUCCUGAGGUCUAAGUGGGGUCCCCUGAAGGACAACGAGGCCACCAUCAUUUUCUACACCAAGCAAGUCCUGGAGGGGCUGAAGUAUCUCCAUGACAACCAGAUAGUUCACAGAGACAUCAAGGGUGACAACGUGCUGAUAAAUACGUACAGUGGAGUGCUGAAAAUCUCUGACUUUGGCACCUCCAAGAGGCUGGCCGGCAUCAACCCCUGCACGGAGACCUUCACAGGAACCCUGCAGUACAUGGCCCCCGAGAUCAUCGACCAGGGUCCCCGUGGUUACGGGAAGCCGGCGGACAUUUGGUCGUUGGGGUGCACCAUCAUCGAGAUGGCGACGGGAAAACCCCCCUUUCACGAGCUGGGGAGUCCCCAGGCGGCCAUGUUUAAGGUGGGCAUGUUUAAGAUCCACCCCAAGGUUCCGGAGUGCAUGUCGGAGGAGGCCAAGGAUUUCCUCAUGCGCUGCUUCGAACCCGACCCCGACAACCGGGCGCCGGCCUCCGAGCUCCUCAAGCACUCCUUCCUCAGGUCCAGCAGCCGCAGGAAGGCCAAGAUGGCCGCCGAGGUGCCGAAGGACGUCGCUUUGGGUGACUACCACAGGAGUCUGUCUGUACCCAUCGCCAUCACGGUGGAAGACACCAGCGAAGAAGAUAGCGUUGGAAUUGACCUCUUCUGCUCCCUGGACCUGAGGAGGACCAAUCCUGGCGUGCGACUGUGUGACAUCGCAGAGAGCCUGCCCACCAACAGCUUACUGUCGGUGCCAGAUGACCCCUCCCUCGAUAUGGGCAGCCCCUCCUCCACAGAUGAGAACCUGGGCCUCUUCCUCCUGAGGAAGGACAGCGAGAGACGGGCCACCCUGCACAGGGUCCUGACCGAAUACAUCAACACCGUGGUGUCCAACCUCAGGGAGAGCUUGCCGCAGCAGCAGGAGGAGGAGGAGGGGCCCCGCCUCACGCCCGCGCACAUCGCGGAGCUGAUUGGCUGCCUGGGCGAGAACAUCCGCUCCCCGGACAGGAAGAACCUGACCAACAGCCUCCUGAAGCUGCGGUCCGCCCUGCAGUCCGCCGCAGUUCCCCUCAGCAGCCUGCAGGCGGUGCUCUUCAGCUUCCAAGACGCGGUAAAGAAGGUUCUGAGGCAGCAGCAGGUGAAGCCGCACUGGAUGUUUGCGCUGGAUAACCUUCUGAGGCAGGCCGUGCAGGACGCCAUCACUGUGCUGCUUCCAGAUCUGCGGGUCCAGCUGCAGUCUUCCUUCGACACCGACGACCUGGAGACCAUACCGGAGAGGGCGUCCGGAGCAGAGGAUUCUGGGAGGAUGCCGUCCCUCGACGAGCAGGACCCCCAGCAGCCCGAGGAGGAAGAGGACGUGAUGACGCCGGUCGUGAGCACGGUCAGCUCGGGCAUCCUGAGCGACUUCCAGCUCAGCGUCUGCCCUGCUGUCGAGCAGCUGUUCUCCAUGCGUCAAGAAACCAACAGGUUACUGACCCAACUGAGUGAGAGGGAGGAGGAGUACCAGAAGCUGCUGAGGGAGUCCAUGUUGAAGAGACAGGACGAAAUCUCUACCCUCAGGGUCACAAGUGUGUCGAAACCCAUCGACAUUCCCGGAGCUUCCCCUCGGAGGGAAAAGGAUCCGGAAAGCUCAGCGAUCGCGCGCUGGUUAGAGAACAUUCCGGUGGAUGAAGACACCAUAGCGAGACUGCUGUCUCACAGGUUCACCCUGCCCAGCCUGCUCUACCUGGCCUGCAGAGAUGACCUCAAGUACUGUGGGCUCAGAGGCGGGAUGCUGUGCCGUGUCUGGGCCGCCAUCACGUCUGCGCGGGAGGCCUCCAACGGCUCCCAGGGUCCUCCCGGUGACAGUCGCCAAGAUCGUGACCCGUGACCUCUGACACAUGACCUCUGACACGUUACCCACGAGGUCAAUGCACCUAAACGACAAGGAUGAAGCGUUCAAGUGUCCUUAACUAAUGACUGCUCACCAACACGCGGAAUGCCAGACUUGGGUGUUGAUAGAUGUUGCCAGCUUCAUGAGGAAAGUGUUAAGCCUCGGUGACCUGCGCUAUUUGUACUGUGUCUGCGUGUGUGUGCGUGUGCGUGUGUGUGUGCGUGUGCACGUGUGUGUGCGUGUGUGCGCGUGUGCACGUGUGUGUGCGCGUGUGUGUGUGUGUAUGUGUCUUUAGUGUGUGAUCCAAAAAUGGGUACCAAAAACAAAUAUAUUUUUGAUAUAAAUAAGCUAACUUGUGACUGUUUUUCCGCUAGAGAUCGCUGGAGCGAUGGAACUUUUUCUCAGGGGGUGGUUUUGAUAAGACUGCGAUUCACUAAUUCCUUUUCACAGAAGCUACUCACUCUUAAUAUGUAUUUAUAUAUUCAAGCUUCUUUCCACUUCAGCUGUUUUCGUCAUACUAGAUAGAGAGUAAUAGAAAGGGUGGAGAUGCUUAUACGACAUAAACAGGGAAAAUACAGGGAUUAAUAUUGAGUAUUUAUGCAAAUAUCAUGUCAGUAUAGUGCAAUAUUGUGUACAUUUUACUCUUGUUCUUGGAGUACAGCAGGGUUUUAUUAAUGUAGCUGAGGGAGCUGGAGAAGAGGAUUGUGGUCAAUGCACUGCAAAUAAGUCUGUCUUAAUUAUUUUUGUGUGUUAUAUUUAGAGUUUGACUUUUUUGCUUAUUAAGACAAUAAGAUUGCCAAUGAGGUGAAACAGUUUGGUUCAUUUCAAGAUUUAAAGAUUAAUGAAUGACCAAAGGGGUAAAACAAUUUGUCUUUACAAGCAAAAAGUAAUUUAAGACAAGCGAAUAUUUUCUGCUUUAGAGAUAGAAAAUUAAGAUUUGAUGUCUCAUUACAAGACUAAAACGCUUGUUCAGAGAAGACUUUUUUUUUUGCAGUGUGUGUACCAUCGGUUUCACUGCUAAUGAGGUCCAGAAACGCCUGCAUACGUCUGUCAUUUCAGAUGUGCAGAGAUGCAGGCAUUGCCAUAUCAAAAUGGAGUAUUCUGCUAUGUAGAUAAAUGAAAUAUAGUAUCUGGAUAAUGAAAGAUGGUGCAACGUUUGGACAACAUGGGCAAAUAAUUUGAAUAUUUUCCCAUGUGCUUACAAAUGUUGCGAUAUCUUUUUCAGAUUUGGACUGUAAUAUGUUUUUUUUUUAAAAACCAUAUUGCACUAUAUUUAAGAUGAUAUUCUCAGAAAAGUCCAAAUAUAUACAGUAUAUAUUUCGGUGUAUUCCAGUUUAAGGGUGUAAUGGAACAUUUCAGGCCUUCCUUGCCUGAGUUAUUUUGACUGUGUAAUUUAUUCUGUUCUUGGCAGUGGGAUAGGCUGUUGACAGGGUUUAAUUAGCACUGGAGCUAAUUAAGUAUUUGGCUAAAACAGAGCAGUACGGAUGGGGUGGGAGCUAUUAACGAACAUGAGCUUAAUGAUUUCGCUGCGUGCCGUGCACUUUUAUACUUGUUUACUGCGAUUGUGAUUGUGUAUUUUGUGUUUUAUUUGCACGGUUGGUCCAGAGGCAGUCACUGAAAAGGCUGUUCCAAUUCAUCCGCCAGCUAGCCAGCCCUGUAAUGUUUGAAAUAAUUAUCUGGAGUCAACGGGGGAACUGACUGCCCUAAAACGUGUUCGCACUGGCUCGCACCCGGAGUACUUUUUGUACCCUGAAAGGGGAACCAAAAAUGUUGCAGCCUGUUAAAACAAAAUUUCAUGUGUGAAUGUUUUUUUAAAAUAAAACUCCAAUGCUCCUA